GUAGGAUGCGAUGGGUCACAGCCUGAAUAUAGCGCUGGUCGGGAGUGAUCCCCCCUGCCGCAUGCCAGGCUGCACCGGCCCAUGCCGAGGCGUAAUGAAUGUCUUGAUCCCCCGGCAGGAGUUCAGCGACCAGAGUGACGUCAAAGCCCUUGAGCAGCAGCUGGCGAGCGGCGGCACAGCCGAUGAUGCCGGCGCCCAAGAUGAUGAUCGGACGCUGGGCAAAUGGCACCGGAAAGUCUUUAGCAGGAUGGUCGCAUUCACCCAUGACGACUAGAUUGCCUGCGUAUUUGGCUCAAAUCCUUGAGCGAAGUUGUCGUUGAUGGUAGUCAAGGGCUGGACUGUGGCACUGCUGUAUUCGAAACGAUCGGUCGGUCCAUAUGAUUCCCAGUGGACUGGCCUCGAGCAAAAAAGGACGAAUCGUUGCUAGGAGCUGCUGGCUCGACGUUGGGAUCACCUAGGACUCUUGUACUGAGCCAAUGGAUCCGUGGAAAGUGUAUGUCGAAUGUUUAAAUUUGUCGAGUCUGUCAGUGGGCCGUUGAUGCUUUGCGGGCCGGGAUGGUGAUGUCGUGCUGCAUUCUGAGAAUUUGGCAAUGGCUCUCUUAAAUUGGUGCUUUUCCGAGAAACUUGCAGUACCUCUCCUUAUCUCCCUGGAUUUUUUCUUCUCCAUUUCCUCUUCAUUUAUCUUGGAGGCGCUUCGAACCGCCCGAGCGGAGUCUCUCAAUGAGUGCGGAUGCCAAGGCUGGCGGGUCAACCCGCCCGCACAACCCGCCCGUCGAGUUGGAAACGAUCGUCUUUUCUGCCUUUCCUCUUCCUUCUCUCCCUCUCAUUUGUCUCUUCCCCCCCCCCAAUCAGCCCCUCCCCCCCUCCUCCUCCCCUGCAAGUCAAGAGUCCACUUCCAUCAAAACCCGAGUCAUUGAUUCAACCCUUGCUCCCUGGGAUCUACUGGAGCUAAGUCGCAACAGCCCGCCGACUGCGAUCGGCCAUCAUCCGUCCCUCCCGCCCCCAACCAGUUUACUGUGGGCUCCUUCGGCUUGCGGUACGUGCGGGACAUCCCCGUUCCAUCGGCUCGACGCGUCGGAUGCGCUGAGCUUUGAGAUCUUGGCCCCCUCAUUGUUUCCCACCCCUCAAUGCCGUCGACUGCUGGGAGUCGAGCGUCGUGAUUGGGGCAUGGGCCAUUGUUGAUCUGGUCAAGCCCGCUGCCCACUCGGACAGAGUUGGUCUCCCCCCGGAUUCUACCGGAAUUGACGUGAUGAAGUGGGACGAAGACGAGGACGAGAGCCGGAAUGAUGCACACUCGUCUCAUCCUCAUCAUCAACAAAACCAACAGCAGCUGCAUCUGGAUUCUCCCGCUUUCUCAUCUUUCGGCGAUAAGUCUAUAGACUCUCCACCAUUCCCCUUGCAGGACUCCUCCGGCAAACAUCAUGACGACGAUAUCUCUGUUCUACGCGACCGCGAUGCCGAACAGAUUUUGUCAUACGAUGCCGAUGACUCGCCCUUUCCUGAGGUGCGCGCAGUCAUUCAGCCCAUCAAUGACCUCUCAUUGCCCGUAAACACCGUCCGUAUGUGGACAAUCGGCUUGCUCUUUACCAUUAUUGGAAGUGGACUGAAUCAGUUCUUUAGCUUGCGCCAGCCGAGCGUGACCAUCAGUGCCCUGGUCGCCCAGCUGCUAGCAUUUCCGGUAGGCUGCGCCUGGGCCCAAUGGAUGCCAUUGGGCUUCCUGAAUCCGGAUCGACACUUCAAUAUCAAGGAACAUGCCCUCAUCACUAUCAUGGCCAACGUCUCGAUUGGUUCCGCCGCGGCUACUCAGAUCAUCGAGGCAGUGGUCAAAUUCUAUGAUAUGCCCUCUCACGGUGGGUUCGAGGUCCUGCUCUGUGUGACGACCCAACUCUUUGGGUUUGGACUUGCAGGCAUGGCCGCCCGUUGGUUGGUCACUCCCGCAUCUAUGAUUUGGCCCCAGGUGUUGUCGAAUGCGGCCUUGCUCACAACCCUGCAUUCGCGAGAAAAUGCAAUCGCCGAUGGCUGGCGCAUCACGCGACUCCGCUUCUUCCUGGUGGUUUUCAUUGUCGGCGCAAUCUGGUACUUUGCCCCGGGGUAUCUGUUCACGGGUCUUAGUACUUUCAGCUUCAUUUGCUGGAUCGUCCCUACCAACGUCGUGGUCAACCAACUGUUCGGGCAGGUCACUGGGCUGGGCAUGUCCGUGCUGACCUUUGACUGGGCCCAGGUUGUUUAUGCCAAUCAAAGCCCCCUGUUGGUCCCAUUCUGGGCUGGCUUAAAUGUGAUGGGCUCAUUUGCGCUCUUCUUUUGGCUCAUAUGUCCCAUCGUAUACUACACAAACACAUGGUAUUCAGCCUACCUGCCCCUUCUCAACUCCAACACCUUUGACAAUACGGGCAAAACCUACAACACCUCUCGCAUCAUGGAUCCCGAUGGCUCCGUCAACCAGACUGCAUAUCGAGAAUACUCGCCCAUGUUCUUACCUGCUGGAUACGCCAUCACCUUUGGUGUUGCUUUCGCCAAUCUCACUGGCAUCUUCUUCCACAUCGGACUCUACCAUGGUCGCGAUUUGUGGGAACAAUGGAAAGGCACAAGCAAGCCAGACGUCCAUGCCCGCCUCAUGUCCAUCUACCCCACCGUACCUUGGUGGUGGUUCGCCGGAGUGACUGUGUUGAUGUUUGUGCUGAGUGUGGUGACGAAUGAGGUGUGGCAUACGGGGCUCCCCGUCUGGGCCGUAUUGGUGGCAUUCGUGCUUCCUACCAUCUACUUCAUCCCGGUCGGCAUUAUUAAAGCAUUGACAAACAUUAGCAGCAAUCAGCUGAAUCUGUUGUCCGAGUUUAUUGGCGGAUACGCCUUUCUCGGCAAGCCGCUCGCGAAUAUGGUUUUCAAGUUUUACGGUUAUGUCGCCGUUCAGCAGGGGCUAGAAUUCGUUGCUGACAUGAAGCUGGCCCACUACCUCCACAUUGCACCACGAACCGUCUUUGCUGCUCAAGGGCUUGCUACACUGAUCGGGGCUAUCGUACAGUGCGGCGUGACGGUGUUCAUGAUUACGAGGAUUGACGAUGUCUGUACCUCGGAUGCAGAUGGGAACUUUACAUGUCCGCAUGGACGGGUCACGUACUCAUCGUCACUUAUCUGGGGUGCGAUUGGACCUGGUCGAUUAUUUUCUCCCGGCCAGAUUUAUGGUACCCUGUUGUGGUUCUUCCUGGUUGGUCCGGUGGUUGUCAUCAUCACGUAUCUUCUGGGCCGUCGGUGGAAGGCCAUGAACUAUAUCUCCUGGCCCGUUGCCUUUGGAGCGAUGAGCUUGGUCCCACCGGCGACUGGAGUCAGCUUUUCGUCCUGGUGGGUGAUCAACCUGAUCUUCAAUGGCUUGAUACGCCGACGCAAACCUGCGUGGUGGUCCAAAUACAAUUACGUUUUAUCGGCCGCGCUGGAUUGCGGUGUCGCCGUCUCUACCGUGGUCAUCUUCUUUUGCAUCACAUUGCCGGCUGGCCCACUGAAUUGGUGGGGUAAUACUGUGUAUAGUAAUACUGCCGAUGGAAAAGGCACGCCGUACCAAAGUCUACCCAGUCAAGGCUACUUUGGCCCUCUUAAAGGCACAUGGAAUUAAAGAUAAUGAAAUAUAAUUGUAUAAUGAUUGAGCCAUGAUGUUGUAGCACUCGGUGCUUGUCCGGAACUGAAGAUAGCAGCAUAUUCGUCGAGUGAUGACUUCUUCGCAUGAACAAUCAUCAUUCCCAAUUUUGGACUGUGCAGCUGCAGGUGGAGACUUGGAAGUCUUUGCUUCAGUAUUCGAAUUGGGAUUACGUUUGUUUCUGUCGUGGCCACUCCAAGUUCUUGAUCAAGCAUCGUCUACCGUGAUAUACGUACGCUGCUCACACCUUCACCGAACGACCUCGAACAUAGACCCUGGCAAUAUUUCGGUCAUCACCCGUCAUGAGGAAUUUCUCAAAGAUGACAAAGUUCGAAUCCUCCUCUUCCACCAGCGACAUCACUCCGGGCCGAUCCAAAUCGAUGGUAUGAACCUCCAAGGCAUCGAAUUCCUUCCCCACCGCAAAGCUGCCAAUCUUAUCAUCCAAGCCACAGACUUGCGCACCGCCCAUGGUCGCAAGAUAGAACCCCUCGGCUAGUGACAAUGGCUCAUCUCGUCCGUUGGUGUGCGUCUUUUGGGCGAGUGAUACGAUAAAAGCUUGCUUCAUCGCAUCUAACAUGGAUGAGGAAUACCCACCGCCACUGUCCGUUCCCAGGCCGACCUUGAUACCCCGGCGCAGAUACUCACGGAUCGGUGCAAUCAUAAAGUCGCGCAUGGUGGUAUUUGAAAUUGGGCAGUGUGCGACACCGCAACGGAGCUCCUGCAGCAUGUCCAUUUCCCUUUCUUCCAGGUAGAUACAGUGGGCCAGGAUGGAUCGCUCGUUCAAAAGUCCAAAAUUUCGGUAUAGAUCGGCUUCCAGGUGGAAUUCGGGAAAGAGCUCGCGUGUGAAGUUGAUCUCCUCCUUUUCCUCGUUGAAAUGAGUCUGAAUUGGCACAUCGGGAUGCUCUUGAACGAUAGAUCCCAGACCCGAAAGAAGUUCGGAUUCACAAGAAAUGGCGAAUCGCGGCGUAAUGACCGGCUGCACUAAUUGACCUUCUGGGUCAAGGGUCCGGACGUGCUGGAUCAAGGCCCGCGUCUCCCGUAACGAAUCCGAGACGGAGGGAUCGCGAUACCAGUCUGGCGCGUUUCGGUUCAUGUUGCACUUACCCACCAAGGCUCGCUGGCCUUUCUGGUAGCAGACAUCGGCCAAGAUGCGCGUCGCCUCGCCGUGGUAAGAUCCAUAGUAAGACGCAGUCGUGAUGCCCUGCUGGAGGAAACCAUCCACACAUGACGCAUACGUGCGUUUGGCGUACUCGACAUCGGCAAACUUGGCUUCGUGAGCAAAAGUGACGUUGUUCAGCCAGUCAAUGAGUGAGAUGCCACGGCCCAUACCGCGCUGUGUCCACUGAGGGGCAUGAUUGUGCGUGUCAACAAACCCCGGGCACAAGAAUUCGCCCCGACGAAGGUACUUGACUGGGAACACGUCGGGCGCAUAUCCGUGAUCGGAGAUGAUGGCGCUGAUUUGAGUUGGAUCCACGUCCGUCUGCAAGACUUGAAUCUUGCCCGAUUUAUCCACAAGAAUGAAGCAGUUCUCAAGGAAUUCAAGUUCGACCAGGCUGCGGGAGUGGAUUAUAGUGCCGUGGAAUGCGAGAGGGAGCCCCGAUGCGGGGGAUGAGGAGGUUUGAUUCAAGUCCUCCAUGGCGAAGGGGCCGCGCGAGGCGCUGAUAAAACUAUUCCAAGGAUAGACCCAAGUACUGGCUUGAUUGAGCGAGCACGGCUAUCUUUGGAAGUUCUGAUCUGGAACGCAGGUGUUGCUAAAGAAAGUAUUCCUCACGAGAAAUCGCAG